AUGGAGAUCCUUGGGAUCCAAGAACAUAGGAUUGUCCACCAGGAACCGAUCAAGAUCGAAAAGUUCAAGGAGGGGGUUAGCUUGGUAACUGUUUCAGCAUGGAGGAAUGGAGCAGGAGCAGCCACUGGUGGAGUGGGCUUUCUGCUGACUAGAAGAGCAUACAGCGCAAUCAGCCUCAUUAAACCCUAUGGCUCAAGGGUGCUGACUAUCUCUUUCAACGGAAAUCCCAGACUCACAACUAUAACUGCCUAUAGUCCUACCGAGGCAGCACUAGUUGAAGAAGCGGAGGAUUUCCAUAACACCCUUAGACAGGCUAUGAAUGAUGUGCCAGCGCACCACCUGCUGAUCACAGAGGGAGAUAUGAACGCCCGGCUUGGAAAGGAGAGUGAAGAAGAUUCCCGUUGGUACUUUCAUACUCGUACCAAUCGGAAUGGAGAGCUACUGAGAGACACUGCCCUGGAGUGUGAUAUGGAAAUUACCAAUAUCCGCUUCAGAAAGAAGGUCAACAAGAGGUGGACCUUCUUAUCCGAUGGGACACUUAACAAAGGUCAGAUUGACUAUAUCCUCAUACGGCGGAAGUGGAAAAACUCAUUAAAGAACACUGAAGUUUACAACACUUUUCAGUCGUUGGGAUCUGAUCACAGAGUUGUAGUGUGUAAGAUCAAAUAA